AGGUGCCACAUGUUGGAGAAAUGUUUCACUCCCCCCAAUGUGUGCUGUCGUCACUGGUCAGCUCCUACCAGCAGCCUCCUGAGGUGGGAUCUAAAACUGGAGGGCUCCACAGUUCAACUCUCGCCGAGCGGAGAGGAGGACUCAGUCCGAGGCAGAGGCUCCUUCCGAAGAUGUGAAGAUAAACGCCGCGUUACAAGCGCCGCAGCUCGUUCAGACGUUUCACCGGGGACAAGUCUUUUUUUUUUUUUUUUUUUUUUUUUUUUAAUUAGUAAAUGCACUUUGCAGCAGUGCUACACCCGCGAUUUUCUUUUCUCUUUUUUUUUUUUUUCUUCGCAUUUGUGAGCGAUCGCUAUGGCAGUUCAGUCCACAUCCGGGCCACAAUGCCUUGACUCCAUUAUUGUCUAAAACUGGCGGAGUGGUUGAUAAACCUUGUUAUAUUUCACAUUUAGCGACACAUUUUUUAUUCCGUGCAGUGAAGUCCGGAACCAAGAGGAGAUGUCUAACCAAGGAGUUCGGCGGAAUGGCCCGGUGAAGCUGCGACUAACAGUCCUCUGUGCCAAAAACCUGGUGAAGAAGGACUUCUUCCGCCUCCCCGAUCCCUUUGCCAAGGUGGUUGUGGACGGCUCGGGGCAAUGCCACUCUACAGACACUGUGAGGAACACACUUGACCCCAAGUGGAAUCAACACUACGACCUAUACAUUGGAAAAUCAGACUCCAUCACCAUCAGUGUGUGGAAUCACAAGAAGAUUCACAAGAAGCAAGGGGCCGGGUUCCUGGGCUGUGUCCGCCUUCUGUCCAACGCCAUCAACCGCCUUAAAGACACAGGCUACCAGAGACUAGACUUGAACAAGCUGAGUCCCAAUGACAGUGACACAGUCAGAGGCCAGAUAGUGGUGAGCCUGCAGUCUAGGGACCGGAUAGGCACAGGAGGCCCUGUGGUGGACUGCAGUCGCCUGUUUGACAAUGAUCUUCCAGAUGGCUGGGAGGAGAGGAGGACCGCGUCUGGACGAAUCCAGUACUUGAACCACAUCACACGCACCACACAGUGGGAGAGGCCUACCAGGCCUGCAUCAGAGUACUCCAGCCCUGGCCGGCCUCUCAGCUGCAUCGUGGAUGAGAACACGCCCAUCAGUACGAACGGGGCCACGCCCACCACAGCGUUGCCACCCAGUGACGGCGACCAGCGGGCCCAGGAGAGACGGGUCCGCUCACAAAGGCACCGCAACUACAUGAGCAGAACCCACCUGCACACGCCCCCGGACCUGCCUGAGGGCUACGAGCAAAGGACCACACAGCAAGGCCAAGUGUACUUCCUCCACACUCAGACAGGUGUCAGCACGUGGCACGACCCCCGAGUACCCAGAGAUCUGAGCAAUGUGAACUGUGAGGAGCUGGGUCCUCUACCUCCAGGAUGGGAGAUAAGGAACACUGCCACCGGGAGGGUUUACUUUGUCGACCACAACAACCGCACCACGCAGUUCACAGACCCACGCCUCUCUGCCAACCUGCAUCUAGUCCUAAAUCCAAGCCCUAAUGGUUCUCGAGGAGGCAUCGAAAGUCAGAAUGUCAGUCGUCAGAACCAGUUGAAGGAUCAGGCCCAGCAGGCUCUGGUGUCCCCCGGUCAGCUCCCAGAGGAGGCCGAGUGCCUCACGGUGCCCAAGUACAAGAGAGACCUUGUUCAGAAGCUCAAGAUCCUCCGCCAGGAACUGUCUCAGCAGCAGCCUCAGGCCGGCCACUGCCGCAUUGAGGUGUCCCGUGAGGAGAUCUUUGAGGAAUCGUAUCGACAGGUGAUGAAGAUGAGGCCGAAGGACCUGUGGAAAAGGCUAAUGGUGAAGUUUAGAGGAGAAGAAGGGCUCGACUAUGGCGGCGUGGCCAGGGAGUGGCUUUAUCUGCUGUCGCAUGAGAUGCUGAACCCGUACUAUGGCCUGUUCCAGUACUCCCGCGAUGACAUCUACACACUGCAGAUAAACCCAGACUCUGCCGUCAACCCCGAGCACUUGUCAUACUUUCACUUCGUUGGCCGUAUCAUGGGGAUGGCAGUGUUCCAUGGCCACUACAUAGACGGAGGCUUCACUCUACCCUUCUACAAACAGCUGCUGGGUAAACCCAUCACCCUGGACGACAUGGAGUCUGUUGACCCCGACCUGCACAACAGUCUCGUCUGGAUUCUGGACAAUGACAUCACAGGUGUGCUGGACCACACCUUCUGCGUAGAACACAAUGCCUAUGGAGAGAUCAUCCAGCACGAGCUCAAGCCCAACGGUAAGAGCAUCCCCGUCACCCAGGACACCAAGAAGGAGUACGUCCGGCUCUACGUCAACUGGCGUUUCCUGCGAGGAAUAGAGGCCCAGUUCCUGGCUCUACAGAAGGGCUUCAAUGAGGUCAUCCCCCAACACCUGCUCAAGGCUUUUGACGAGAAGGAGCUGGAGCUGAUUGUAUGUGGGCUGGGUAAAAUCGACAUCAACGACUGGAAGUCCAACACGCGGCUCAAACACUGCACUCCGGACAGCAACAUUGUGAAAUGGUUCUGGAAAGCCGUGGAGUCGUUCGACGAGGAGCGCAGAGCGCGGCUGCUGCAGUUUGUCACCGGCUCCUCCAGAGUUCCUCUGCAGGGCUUCAAGGCCCUCCAAGGUGCCGCAGGCCCACGGCUCUUUACCAUCCAUCAGAUUGAUGCCAGCACCAACAACCUGCCCAAAGCCCACACCUGUUUCAAUCGGAUUGACAUUCCUCCGUACGAGCACUACGACAAACUGUACGACAAGUUGCUCACUGCCAUCGAGGAGACGUGCGGCUUUGCUGUAGAGUGAGUCACUGAUGAGGGCAGAGCUCUGCAACAGCUAGAAGCAACAUGGUUUGGCUAUCAUGUGCCCCCCCCACCCCCACCACCACCCCCACCCCACCCCACACACACACACACACACACACCUCCAACAAAUCAAUCCACUCAGACGGGGGUCAUCCACGGUUGCUUCACCCAGGGACGCACACACUUCCCAGGGACAUGUGGCCAAGCUAAGGGAGGGUGGGGCGGAGAAGACCAGAAAAUGUCAUCUGACUGUGGGUUUUUUAGACCCUCCGGCCCUCCUUUAUGUCUUUUUUUAUCAUUGAAAAGGAUCUCUUCAGCUGCUAAUAACUCAGACUAUUUACUAACUUGUGGAACCUGCAAAAAUUUGCCGGCUCUUCCCUUUUUCUUUUUUUUUUUUUUUUUUUUUUUCUUUUUUUCUAAGUUCAUUUUAGCAUUUAAAAAAAUAGACUGUAUCCAUGUAGCAAUGCUCCAUUUUACCAAGCAGAACACGAGCUCGGUCCAUUCUGAAACGACAUUAACAAGACUGGUUUGUUUGCUAGAAUACAGGGUUAUUAUUGGUUACCACAACCUACUUGGAAACACUAAAUUUGGAUGCGGAGUGUGCGUGACUCGGGCUGUUUGGUGCCUCAGAGUGAUCACGCUGGGGCUAUCAGUAACGCCAAGGCUGGAAAAACAGGGAUGUGUGCGUGGAUGAGACGGCGAGACUAGAGACUGAAUUAGGCAGAGCCCCGACUGUUUACAACCCUCUCCAAAGACGGCAGCAGGGACCUCUGCUCCCGAGUCGCUGCCCAACAACUAGCGCUGCAUUCCCAGAAAACCCUAUUUCGUCGUACGUUUGACAGCUAGUUUUGUUUGAAAAUGAAUAAAUGAAUGAAUAGCUUGAAAUGUGUUAUUUUUAUAUAACAGGGAAAAUUGAAAAAGAAACAAUAAAAUUCUAUAUAAUAUAUAUAAUUUAUUGUUGUUAUAUUUCAGAAACCCCUUUUCCAUUGUUUCAGAAAAAUAAAUUCUUUUAAAUGUUAAGUGUUACUGUUUAAAUUAUAGAAGACAAUUUGUGAAAACAGAACUAAGCUUGACUGAAUUUCACUAAAGAAUGCUGUGGUUUAUUUCUUGACACGACCUCUCUCGUACUGUACAAGGAGAGGUUUGUCUUAAGGGCAAAAAAAUCUUAAAAUCACAAUGUCCUCUUGAGUGCCAUAAACAUUUUUGAAUGAAUGAAUCUUUGCAAAUAUUGAGCACCCUUUAAAUUCUACUGAUUUCAUCCUGGAGCUGCAUAUGGUGGUGUGUUGUUUCCCUUCUAUUACGCUUUUUUAACAGUUCGUCAUUUGUAGCUGGGCUAUAUUAAUGUCACUAGCAUGAAGCCUACCAUUACUUUCUAAUGGUAUUCUGUUCAGAAGAGUCCAAAGUCCAUCAUAAUCUAUUCUGUGUUGCCUCCAUGUUGUCGUUUUGGGGAAAAAGUAACACCUCCACUACCUUUUUCGCCAUGUGGUGCUAAAUAGCAUUAACUUUUGUCUUAUAUUGGCAACCUUACUCAUAGACAUACUACUGCUUAAAGUGCACAGUACACUACUCAUGCUCAUACCUGUUUGUGGCCACGAAACAUUUCCAAGAAAUCAAGAGCUCUACCUAGCCACAUUCUCAGGAGAUGUCAUACGUAGUCUGUAGUGUCCUUUGAUCCGACGACCAGUUCUGACCAUUUGUCUUGAUUUCCUGAAUGUUAAGCGGUUUAAAAAAAAAAAAAAAAAAAAAAAAGAAAAGAAAAAGAAAGUGUUGUCAUUUGCAUUGUUUUGCCCACAGCAGACCAUUAACACACAGUAAUUGUUGCAUGUCUCCAUAUGUGCUUUUGGUUGAAAGUGAACUGAAUAAGAUGAACUCCUGUUUUUAGCCUGCUAUACAGUUCUAUCAGUGAUGGGGUUUUUUUUUUUUUUUGUUUUGUUUUGUUUUUUUGUUUUUUCUUAGAGAGAAAGGGGGAUUGUUUUCUACCAUUAAAAUGAAAUUCUUGAAUGUUUUCAGAAGAUGCUGCCUGUCUAGCAAUCUCUAUGACCGUGGACUGUUCUUAACGUUUGCAUACACUAAAAAAAAAAACAAAAACAAAAAAAUGAACUGUUCGUUUUCAUUCUUUUAUGUAGACGAGUGUAUGCAAAGUGAAAAGUGUCCUCAGAUGGUGCUUUGUACAGUAAUAAGAUAUUGUUCAUAUACUGUAUGUGGAUCAAACAACUUGUAAUUUAUCUUUAACUUAAGUAGAAAAAAGGAUUUUCUUGAACUGAAAAGAGGAAUUGCACACAAACAGAAUGAGGUUGCCAUGUGUAUUUAAUGGUGACUUCUGCACCAGAUAUUCAUUCACCUUUAAGUCCAGUGCACAAGCUGAUCGCCCUACUGUCUAUUCCUACACUACAUUACUCAGCAUUGCCCCGUAGCUGCCUCUCAUUGAAGAACUGAACUUUUUAUUAAACAAGUCAAAGUUGAGAGAUGCCGCUCUAUUUUUUUUUUUUUUUUUUUUUUAAAUAGCAUGAUCCACUUAGCAGGACUAUAUCUCUCAUAGCUGACUGAUGCAAUUUGAUGUAUGUUAACACUAUCAUUUUGUAAGAGUAUUUUAUUUUUGUGUGUAAUUAGUUCUAAUUAAACUUGCCUUUGUCUAACAAUGUUAAGGCCUUGUACAAAGA